CAACACUGAGUUUUAAUGCCAUGAUUGUCAUGCUAUAAAUUAAAUAAUACAAAUCAAAUCAACAAUUUGUCCAUUUUUGAGAUACCUAACUUUUACUUAUUUUUAUUUAUUGAUGUCUAUUGGAUGUCUAUUUACUGGAAAUGCAACAAGGUUUUUAUAACAUUGGUUUUAAAGGUGCACGCUUUUCGAAAUUGUAGGAUUUUAUAAUUACAUGUUCUUAUAAAUUUGUGUAACAAAACAUUGAAAAUGUAUCUGCAGCGGUCAUAUUGUGUUCUGUGCAGUGAACACAUUUCAAAUAUUCAGUACAAUCUAAAAACUACAAACUCUGAGAAGUCGAAUAUUUUGUUGAUUAAGUUCGUCGAAGAAAUAUAUAAAAAUGUAUUUUUGACUCAUUGUAAUAUAUGCCAUAAUUGCUACGAUUUGCUAAAUGAACUUGAUACUAUUCAAGUAAGAGAAAAGGAACUUUUUGACAAAUUGAAAAGUUAUGUAGCACAGGUAGAAAAAUUAUCUCAACCUACAUCACUAGACAUCAAGGAGGAAGAUGUAGAUGAUGAUAAUUUAGAUAAUUGCUCUCUAAAAAGUGAGCCAGAAUUUGUAUUGGAAGGGGUCAAUCUAAACAAAUUGCCUAUAAAAAUAAAAAGAGUACCCUCAAAAAAAUCAUCGACUGGUAAGAGACAAAAUAGAGUAAUUGAGAAUUCUGAUGAUGAUGAUGAUAAUGAUGCUGACGAUGAUAAGGAUGCUUUUGAAAAGGUGCAGUCCUUGAUUAAAAUUGAGUUAUCUAAACAUAAGAGUACUAGGAAAUCUAAAGUAGCUAAGGACAUACUAUGUGAGAUGUGUGGUCAGAGUUUUAAAACUAGAUUUAAAUAUGAAAAACAUUUAAUAAUGCAUGAUGACACUUAUGUAUCGACAGCGGUAAAUCACAGGCAAGAGUGGCUAUGUCAUGUAUGUCAGAAAGUUUUUACACAGAAAGUUUCAUUGAAGAGGCAUUUAUUCAUUCACAGUGGUCAAAGUCGGUAUCAAUGCGAACAGUGCGGCAAAAAAUUCGUCCACCACAGCUCCUUCGACGUCCAUAAGAAAAUCCACGCCGGUUUGAGGAACUACCAGUGCAACUUGUGCGAAAAAAAGUUUUACAUGAACUCGCACUUGACCAGACACAUGCGAGCGACUCACAUGAACAUUAAGGAUUACGAGUGUCCCACGUGCGGCAAAGAGUUCGCCGAAAACUACAACUUAAUAGCUCACAUGAAACUGCACAAAACCGAGGGAAAUCAUCUGUAUGUGCCGAGCACUGACAUGAAUAUAUAGCUAUUAAAAUUAGUUGAAUAAGUCUUAGGUUUAGGAAUAAAAUGUAUAUAUUGCUUUAAAAGUCAAUGGUCUGGUCAUUCCAAAUUCGUAACGUUUUCAACAUGUAAAGGUGCGUAUACAUAUGGCGAGCACGAGCCGAGCCUGCCAAAAGCUCAAUUCGUCAUAUGUGUACGCCUCCCGCGAGCCGCUCACAGUGCGAUCGUCGCGAUCCACUUCUCGUCGGUUUUGCGACGAACACAAAGGAGCUCGCAGUUAUAAUUUGGACGGCGUUGUGGCAGGUUCGUCGUUCUGGUCUGAUCGGCGAGCAUGGAGCCUACAUGGUCGGAGGAUAUUUUGCUUCAAUUAGUUGAGUUGUAUAUGAUGCAUACUAUUUUGUGGAACCCCAAAGACGAAAAUUAUUUUAAAAAACCAAAAAAAUAGAUGCCUGGAAGGAAAUCGCCACUUUAAUAGGCAAACCUGAAGAAAUAUGCAAGAAAAAAAUUAUAAGCAUGUUGGCAACUUAUAGAAGAGAGAGGAAAAAGGUCCGUAGUAGGAUCAGGAAAAGGUGUGCUUUCCAAAAGAAGUAUGUUUAUUUAUAGAAUGACAUUUAUAUUCAACUACCAUCUGAAAAACAUAUUAGUACAAAAAGUCUGAGUACACCUUUUUUUUCUUGUAGCAACUUUUUUUUACCAUAAUUAAAAAAACUAAUGGUACAUUUAAAAUCUUCAAUACGUUUCUCAGUUGACGUGGGUCUACAAUUUUUUUCAAAAAAUGUUAUAGCCCCUUUUUUUCAUGUUUAAAAAAAAGCUGAAAAUUUUUUGAGUGGUUUUAGGCAAACAUGGUCGGUUCUAUUCGAAAGAGGGGCAGAAAUUAUAUACCUCCUGAAACUUACACAACGAUUGAACAAAGAAUAAUCUAAAUAUACAAUUUUAAAACUUUUAAAUUUGCUAAACAUAAUAUAAGAUUUUGCAAAAAAUUGAUUACUUUUGCCAAAUUGAAACUUUUAUAUAUGGACUAUUUUUUGUUCAAUCCUUGUGUAAUUUUUAGGAGUUUUAUAAUUUUUGUCUCUCUUUUGAAUGGUACCAACCAUUUUUAUCUAAAAUCACUCAAAAAAAAUAGUUUUUCAACUUUUUUAAACAUAAAAAAAGGUUAUAAAAUUUGCUUGAAAAAAAAGGGGUAUACGGAGACUUUUUGUACUGACUGUAGGUACAGGGUACAUUACAUAUUAUUUACAUAAUAUUCGUUUGUACUUUCAAUAACAUAUAAUUUAGAUUAAAAUAUUUUAACUUUAUUUAUCUGAACAUCUGAACCAAGUCGCGUCAAAAUCUGCACUGACACUGAAAAAAGAAUAUUUCUUGUGUGCUCGCGAGCCAUUUACAUUUCAUAUGGAUCGUUAUUGGCUCGGACUAUGAUCUCAAUACGGCGCGCUCGGCUCGUGCUCGGCUCGCGUUCUGCUUGCCAUAUGUAUACGUACUUUACGAUAUGGAAAUUAAAAGGACAGUCUGAAUUGUUUCCGGGAAACUUAGGUAGCAUAUUCUGCAGAUAAAAUAUGUAAAAAAGUUUGUAUUAAUUUACGUCCUUGAAUGCUUCAUAAGGUGCCCGGUGGCGUAGAGGUACAGGCCCUCGUCUACCAAUCUCAAGGUAGUGGGUUCGAUUCCCACACCCGGCAUUGCAUCAGCCGACUAUUUUUAUUAAAAUAAAAAUAG